AUGGGAAAUGGAAAUUCGAGGAUAAAUUCAUCUCAAGAUCAAGGAGAAUCAAUAUCAAAUAAAGUCCGUGCUACGAUUAUUGGACGAUUUGAAGAUUUUAGAAAGAAUAGGAAUGUUGAAUCAACUCUCUCGAAGAAACAACUAUUGAAAAAUGGCGAAGAAGAGGAUGGUAGCAGCAGUGUUUCUAGGUCUACUUCUCACGAAACUAAUGAAGCCCAAGAAUGUAAGGUUUCGGUUUCGACAAAAGAGACAACAGUGGUGCCACUAACAACCAUAGAAAAUAUUUCUAGGAUUGUUCCCGUGGAAAACAUUGAAUGCGAAACGAUAGAGAAGGUUAACAUUAAGAAUGAGAUUGAUGUUAACAAACAUAAAGAGAUCAAAACAAAGGUGGAAAUAAUUGAAAGAAUAGUGGAAGAGGUAAAGAAAGAACAAGAACAAGAAGUGAGUGCAAAAAGUGAAGAGAAUGAUGAAAAUGAUUGUGAUGAUGAUGAUGAAACUGAUCUUGGACGAUUUCUAUGUCCCGGAUCACCGAGUUUCAGAAUUUAUUGUAUUGAAGCUGAUGACAGAAAAACACAAGAGAAAGAAGACAUAGAAGAAGACGAAGAAGACGACGAAGAAGAAGAAUUUAAAAGUCGUCCCGCCACCGCUGUGCUCCAAAAAUCGCGCAGUGACAACUGCCUAGGAAAAUCUUCGUUAAAGAACACUAGAAUCUCAAAUGAGGUAAGUCAGAUAGUUGAAAAUGUACCAAGUAGAAAGAGAAAAGGGCAUAUGAUGAGAAGAUUUGGGGCAGUAAGAACUCUUCUAAAGGUUAAGUCAUGCUACCACCCAAUUUGUACCUGUACAGGAAAUGACAAUAAAAGCAAUCUUAUUUCUGCAAAAGCAAGAAACUGA